GUUGAAAAGAUAGACAUAAACUAUGCAAAGACAGCCAAGAAACUAGAUGUCAAGAAAUUGAAAGGGGUUAUAUGGCAUUUACUGACCAAAAAAUCAAAGAAGGAGGAUAAAAAUAAUGAUAAGGGGUCAACAGAAGAAGGAAUGGAGGAGUCAGGGGAAAAACCCACAGAGAAUGGACCUGGUUCUUCUGCUAGCAGCAAUGAUAGUACAGAUAUGAAUGGCAGCUUGUCCUUUCAGGAACUGCUCAAUGAUCUACCUCAGAAUGUAUCAUCUCAUAUGGCUAAAAACCUCAGUGUUCCCAUUGCUUUUGUUUGUCUGCUUCACCUAGCCAACGAGAAGACAUUGAAAAUUGAAAGUGAAAACAUGAGUGACUUGAAGAUAACACAGGGCAUUUGAUGUUCACGUAUAGACAAAACGUAGAGUACAAGAUGUGUUCAAGACUAACUGCAAGAUUAUUUCAUAAAAAUAUAACUGUAAAUUCCGGUAUUGUUGAGGUCAGCAAGAAGUAGAAAUACAGCUAAUUCAUUAAAAUAUGAAGGAAAGUUAUGUAAUGUUGAUAUUAAUAUGGAUAGUAUUUCUUUGGAAAGUGCAUUUGCUCUAGGAUUACAUCAUUUUAUAGUUAUGAAGAAUCGGUGCAGUAGUGUGUAAAUACAUGUACUUUAAAAAAUAUUUCGGAGACGAAUACUAAAAAAAACUAUCAAAAAUAUGUGAAUAGUGGUAUAUAUUUAUUUAAAUUUUUAAACAUCCCUUUUAUUUUAGUUAAAUAUAUAGAACAUGAGUAGUAAUUAGUUAUUAAAUAAGUUGUGUGUAGAGUUUUCAUAUAUGUACAUGUAUUGUUAAAUUUCACAAAUGAAAAAUUAGUACUCCUCUUUAAUUUUCUACUCUCAUUUGCCUAUUUCUAUACAUUUUCUAACUUGAAAAUUGGAAUAACAUUAUACAGUAUAUGUACAUGUGCAUCUCAUAUUUUUCUUUGCUCACUUUAUUUACACAACCAAAUCCAUAUAUUGCUAUUGUUUUAGGAAUUACAUGUAUUUUACUUCUUGUUUAAUGGAUUUUUUUUUUCAUAAAGGAACCAUUUAUAUGUAAUUGUUGAGGCAGCUAAUUUCCUAUUAUAAAAUCGAAAUUUUUGCACAUAUAGCUCAAAGCUUAUAUCCCCCCCCCCCCAAAAAAAAAGAUUAGAGUCAAAAAACUUGAUACUUAAAUGGGCCCUUAAACAAUGCUUAGGACCCCCUACCUAAAAAAAAUUGCAAUUAAACUGCUACUGUUAUUGAAAUAAAAAAAGAACUUUUUAAUUCAAAAAAGUAACCAAGAGUUAUGCUGACUUGUAUUAUUAUUUCCUUACUGUAAAGCAAACUAUGUAAGAUAUAUGAAAAAAGAAGCUGUAGAUUUUUUCCAGACUGGUCAGUGAAAUCAUAACUGAUCUUUGAUACUCAGUGGACUCUACAAUUCAGGGUGGUUGUUGUCUUGAAGAAUUUUUGGCAUAUUGUUUGCCUGUUGUUGUGUACAUUUGUUUUACUUAGAAAUCAUUGUUAAUAUUUUUAUCAUUAUCACACAAUACUUUGAUCAGCCAACGAGUGUAAAUAAACAAGACAACAAAUUA